AUGGAGCCCCAAAAUACCUCCACUGUGACUAACUUCCAGCUGUUAGGAUUCCAGAACCUUCUUGAAUGGCAGACCCUGCUCUUUGUCAUUUUCCUGCUCAUCUACUGCCUGACCAUUACAGGGAAUGUCGUCAUCAUCACCAUGGUGAGCCAGGACCAGCGACUACACUCCCCUAUGUACAUGUUCCUCCAGCAUCUCUCCUUUCUGGAGGUCUGGUACACGUCCACCACUGUGCCCCUUCUCCUAGCCAACCUGCUGUCCUGGGGCCAAGCCAUCUCCUUCUCUGCCUGCAUGGCACAGCUCUGCUUCUUCGUGUUCCUCGGCACUACCGAGUGCUUUCUCCUGGCCGUGAUGGCCUAUGACCGUUACCUGGCCAUCUGCAGCCCGCUCCGCUACCCCUUCCUCAUGCAUCGUGGGCUCUGCACCAGGUUGAUGGUGGUCUCCUGGUGCACAGGGGUCGGCACAGGCUCUCUGCCUUCCCUGAUGAUUUCCAGGUUGGACUUCUGUGGGCCCAAUCAGAUUAACCAUUUCUUCUGCGACCUCCCCACUCAUGCAGCUCUCUCCAGAGUUUAUAUCACCGAGGUGACCAUCUUCAUCCUGUCAGUUGCCGUGCUGUGCAUUUGUUUUUUUCUGACACUGGGGCCCUAUGUUUUCAUUGUGUCCUCCAUAUUGAGAAUCCCUUCCACCUCUGGCCGGAGAAAGACCUUUUCCAUAUGUGGCUCCCACCUGGCUGUUGUCACUCUCUACUACGGGACCAUGAUCUCUAUGUAUGUGUGCCCCAGUCCCCACCUGUUGCCUGAAAUCAACAAGAUCAUUUCUGUCUUCUACACUGUGGUCGCACCACUGCUGAACCCAGUUAUCUACAGCUUGAGGAACAAAGACUUCAAAGAAGCUGUUAGAAAGGUCAUGAGAAGGAAAUGUGAUCUAUGGAGUAUGAGUAAAAGGAAGUUCCUUUAUUAG